AUGGUGGAGGCAGUCGUAUCUUUCUUUGUAAUUGGUAGGAUACUGCGGAGCUUCAAUCAUACCUGGCUCACAUUAAUCCCUAAAGUGGAUAAUGUGGAAACAAUGAGGCAGUUGCGACCGAUUAGUCUGUGCCAAUUUGUGUACAAAGUUAUAACCAAAAUAAUGGCGGAACGACUAUCGGUCAUCCUACCACAUAUCGUCUCGGUGGGACAAAAUGCGUUUAUUCGAGAUAGACAAAUUGUUGACAACAUCCUACUUGGGCAUGAGUUAAUGCACUACUUGAAAAUCAAAACUCAUGGGCAGAAAGGGUAUAUGGCUCUUAAGGUUGACAUGGAAAAGGCCUAUGAUAGGGUUGAAUGGCCCUUUCUGCUUGCAGUUUUAGACAAGAUGGGUUUUAGCUCAAUGUGGCAAGGAUGGAUUUUUGAAUGUCUCCGGUCCGCGUCCUUUUCGGUGUUGAUGAACGGCAACCCUUUGGGGUAUUUUAGUCCGUCCAGGGGGCUGCGCCAAGGCGAUCCCUUAUCCCCUCUCCUUUUUGUGCUUUGCACAGAGGGCUUCGCGGCAUUCCUGCGCCGGGCUAUUGCGGAGAAAAGGUUGGCGGGAGUUAAGGUGGCCCCACGCGCUCCUAGGAUUUCGCAUUUGUUCUUUGUCGAUGAUUCGUAUCUCUUCCUGCGGGGCACGCUCCAGGAGUGUGAAAACUUGAUUGAGGUUCUCAAUGAAUAUGAGGAGUUGAGUGGUCAGCGGGUGAAUCUAGCAAAGUCAGCAGUUUGCUUCAGUAAAAAUAUCGCGAUGCCGGACCAAGAAUUUCUAGCGGCGGUAUUGGGGGUGGGGGCGGUGGGGGUCCAUGAUAAGUAUUUGGGCUUGCCUUCUUUGAUUGAUCGGUCUAAAAUGGAGACUUUACGUUAUCUUGAGGAGAAGUUGCUAGCUCGCCUCCAAGGUUGGAAGCAGCGAACUUUGUCGUGGGCUGCUCGGGAAACGCUGAUAAAGUCUAUAGCCCUGGCAUUACCUUUGCAUGUAAUGUCCUGUUUUAAGCUACCAAAAUCUCUGUGCCGACUCCUGGAUAAAUAUGUCGCCCGCUUUAGGUGGGGUGCUACUGAGGUCAAUUCCAAAAUUCGGUGGAUGUCCUGGCGGGAUUUGUGUAGGAGUAAGCAUGAUGGGGGGAUGGGAUUUCGACAAUUUGAACAUUUUAAUCAGGCCCUUCUAGCGAAAAUUGGGUGGCGUAUUCUCUUUAAACCACAGUCGCUUCUUGGCCAGGUCUACAAGGGUAAGUAUUUUCCUAAUGGGCAUUUCCUACAUGCUAAAACUCGUUCACGCCCUUCGUGGGGGUGGCAAAGUAUCCUGUUUGGCCGAAAGCUGCUUGAGAUGGGGCUAAGAUGGCAAAUUGGCAAUGGGCGGUCUGCUUCUCUUUUGCAUUCAACUUGGAUCCCCCAAUUCCAGCUGGACCCCCUAGGUGUAAUCCUGUAG